UUGCUGUGUGAGGGAGGCAACUUACAAGGUAUCAUGAGAGAAAUCCAGUGCAGGCUUCUGCUAGAGGUGUUAAACCCUGUGCGUGAGAGGCCUGAACAGGGAGUGUCUCAUGAGAUGGUGUUUGAGCAUCAACAAUCUCUAGUAAGGAGCUAAUUUCUCUGAAUGCUAAUAGAAUUUCUGUUCCUGUUUCCAGUAUAUCCUUUCCUUGUGUGUUCAGUGGAGUAAGUGGUUCUAAAUUCUAACACAGUCCCAUAUUCUUAUUUUAUUCUGCUUUGUACUACUGCUGCCUGAGAGAGUGUGAUGUAGCACCUAAGCUAUUUCCAUCCCCUGCUGCCCUGAUCGCCUGCCUCCCUGACUAUGAGGAUAUAGGAGAUUUGCUCCUAAUCAACAGAGCGUAAUUCUUGGCCAAAUCCACUUCAGAAACAGCUUCUUUUUACCACUUGGUGACUCCUGUAAAAGAUCCAGCAUGUAGGGAAGUUUCCUUGCCUUUGGUGAGUGACUGAGGAUGAGGCAACACAAAACUGUCACAUUAAGUGUCUUUGGAAGUGCUACGCAGCAGACUUGGCCAGAAAUGAGCUCAUUUCUGAAGGUGACCUUCAUGUUUCAUGCUGUAGAACACCACAAGUUCAUUGCUCCAAAAUCAGAAUAAAUGGAAAAGGCACCCCGCUCCCUCCGGUGCGGAGCGGCUAGCGUGGGAAAGCAGACCCUGGCAGCUGAACGAGAAUGUGAUGCUUGAAGAACCUUCUGCUCACUUUGUACACGAGGGAUGGAAAUCUCCAAAAUACUCGGGCUCUUGGUAGAGCUCUCAAGUCUGCUAUCCUGUCUCAGAUGUGUGGAGGCUUUCCUGGGAUCCAAGCCCAACCAAAACCAUUUGCAGAGUGCAGCGCCCAGCGUGUGUGCUGUGGGACCUCUCGGGUACUACAAUGGCUCACUGGCAGUCACCGAGGCGGGGGCGGAGUGUCUCAACUGGGCAGAGUUCCCUGAUUAUGUUCAGCAGUACCCAGACCGUGGCCUGGGGGACCACAACUACUGCAGGAACCCAGACGGGGGAACGACGCCCUGGUGCUUCUACAGGCUCGUGUCAGGGGCCAUCGGCUGGGCCAACUGUGACUGUAACCGAGGUGCUGUGCGGUUGGCUGAAGACAGUAGUGUGGAGCUGUACUUCAAUGGACUCUGGGGUACCAUCUGUGCUGACCUCUGGACUGACUGGGAUGCCAGCGUUGUCUGCAGGCAACUAGGUCUCAGUGAGAUCGGCACAGUUGGGAAGAAGAGUCAUCCUGGACCACGGCCUGUUCCUCUGCACCUGCAGUCAGCAAACUGCCAUGGAGAUGAGGAAGCCCUGCUGCAGUGUGGCUAUCAGGAAGCUAUGUCAGGAGCUUGUAACCAGGGGAGUGCCGUGGUAACUUGUGCUCCUCCAGAAGGUGUAGGUGCCCCACUGCGCAUAGUUGGGGGGAAGGAGAGCUUUGAAGGGAGAGUGGAGGUUUACCAUGAUGGCAAGUGGGGAACCAUCUGUGAUGACCAGUGGGACGAUCGGGAUGCUGAAGUAGUUUGUAGACAGCUGGGACUCGGUGGGACCCCAAAAGCCUUGUCAUGGGCUCACUAUGGGCAGGGAUCUGGCCCAAUCCUGCUGGAUGAAGUGCAGUGCUCAGGCAAUGAACUCUCCCUUGAUCAGUGCAAGAAGAGUGACUGGGGACAGCAAAACUGUGACCACAUUGAAGACGCUGGGGUCUCCUGUGACCCUUUCACAGAGGGCACUGUCCGGCUGGCUGGCGGCCGCAGCCCCAGCGAAGGCAGGGUGGAAGUUUAUUACAACGGAGACUGGGGCACAGUGUGUGAUGAUGGCUGGACAGACCUUGGUGCCCAGGUGGUCUGCAGGCAGUUGGGCUUCAGUGGUCCUGCUGCCCUGGCCUCUGAAGGAGACUAUGCUGCUGGCCAAGGCUUCAUCUUACUGGAUGAUGUGGCAUGUGUGGGGACAGAGCUGUCUCUCUUGGACUGUCCCCACAGCAACUGGGGGCAGCAUGACUGCUCCCAUGCUGAGGAUCUGGGAGUCCGCUGUUCCCCAGAAAGCAACACGGUCAUGGAUGGCAGCCUGGGGCCUCCUGUGCGGCUGGUGGAUGGAGAAAGCACCAAGGAGGGCCGGGUUGAGGUAUUGCUGAAUGGGCAGUGGGGCAGCGUCUGUGACGAUGACUGGACAGACAGAGAUGCUGCAGUGGUUUGCAGGCAACUGGGAUUCAGUGGUACAGCAAAAGCCAGGGCAAUGGCUUAUUUUGGCGAAGGCCAUGGGCCCAUCCAUCUGGACAACAUAGAAUGCAGUGGAAUGGAGCACACCUUGGGGCAAUGUGCCAUGCCUGACACCAGGAUUCACAGCUGCUGGCACAGUGAGGAUGCUGGGGUGAUCUGUGACUAUGUGGAAGAAAAGGUCCAAAACAUCAAGAGAACAGGUGCAGAGUCCAGUGUGUGUGGGAUGCGCCUGCUCCACCGUCGCAAGAAAAGGAUCAUAGGUGGAAACAAGUCUCUGAGAGGCAGUUGGCCGUGGCAGGCCUCCCUGCGGCUGAAGGGUUUCCGUCGAGAUACUCGUCUGCUGUGUGGAGCAACACUGAUCAGCAGCUGCUGGGUGGUGACUGCAGCCCACUGCUUCAAAAGGUUUGGUGUUGAUGUGCGGCGCUACCUCCUGCGGGUGGGUGAUUACCAUACAGGUGUGAAGGAUGAGUUUGAGAGGGAGCUGCCUGUGGAGCGGAUUGUCCUCCACAGGAACUACUGGGCUGGCAGCAAUGAUAAUGACAUAGCCCUGGUCCGGAUGCGGGGCAGAGAAGGGCACUGUCUCUCCUUCAAUCACCACGUUCUGCCUGUCUGCCUGCCUGACAGGAGAGAGAGGUCUGACAUUAACAGGCAAGCCUGCAUCAUCUCUGGCUGGGGAGACACAGGAAAGUCCUAUUCCAGAACCCUGCUGCAGGGGGUGGUGCCCCUUCUCCCACGGGAAGACUGUGAGGCCCGUUAUGGGCAGAAGUUCACCAACCGCAUGAUUUGUGCUGGGAACCUCUCUGAGGACAAACGGGUGGACAGCUGUCAGGGUGACAGUGGAGGGCCACUCAUGUGUCAGAGAUCAAAUGGACGCUGGAUCAUUCUGGGCAUCACUUCUUGGGGGUAUGGCUGUGGUCGGAAGGAUUCGCCCGGUGUGUACACAAAGGUCAGCAAAUUCGUACCCUGGAUCAAGAAAGUGAUCAAGCUACAAUGAAAAUGACUGAGCUCUAGGAGUUUCAGCAUACAGUCCUUUUGCCCUGCAGCAGCAGAAGGCUGUGGCUUCUGGCUUGUGACUGAUGGAGAUUUGUCAUUGGACACUGGCAAAAGAUUUUACUGUAGAACUGGAAGGAAAACAGUUAUGACUGAUUCUUUAAAGUCUUUGGUUUCACUUAGUCUGUAAUCUGUAAGCAGAGAAAGCAGGUGCACAGUGGUAACAAUGAUCAGUAUGCAUUGCUCUACGUAUCUGAAUCCUUUAAUGCAAUCACACUUAUUCCUUUGCCCUGGCACACAGAAAUGGUAGAAGUAGAGAGAUACCUACUGCUGAAAAUCUACUAAUGGUUGUACGUUUGGACAGUUGAGACAUGCUGCAAGGAGAGAUGAGAUGCUUGGAAGAUGGCACCAGGUGCUGGCAUAGUGGAAAUCUUCAGAUAUUUUUUCAUAACAGCUUUCUUCUGUUCCAGGAAUCAGAAGAUUUGACCUGAGUUGAGGAACAGGCCAACAGUUGGGUUUUUUAGCUUCCCUGUUAUGUCUCUAGAGGGAACCUUUUCUCUUCAGAAUAGUAGGUCUGCUCCUAUAGGAUCCCUUUCAAGUGUCUGCAUGGACUAAGAGAUGCUUGUCCCUCCCGCUGCAAUCUUCUGACACACAUUUCCAGCUGCCAGAUGCUAUGGUUUUAGUGCUGCUUUUUUGCUAUAGUACUUUUUGUGUGCGUUUAGGCUUUUUUUUUUUUUCCUUAAAGUAGCAUCUUCUCAAAUCAGUUGUUAGUGUGAGAGGCAGUAGCUUUUUUGCCCUCGUGAUUGCUAUGAAGAACUCAAAAAUCUGACCUCAAGUAGCUGAAUAGACAUGUUAUUUUUCUUUAAAUGCAAAUGUAAUGGUAAUCUCAAACAUUCAGAUGUUGAAUCAUGAUUUAACAGCACUAUGGGGACUUCCUACUGGUCCCUUACUUAUGAUAGUUAUUAGCUGCUCUUUGUUUGUGCUGCUAGUCUUUAAUAUCUCUGUGUUCACAGUUUUCCAUGAAACAUGGAAUUACUCCUGGGGUAUAGAUACACCUCAAGCAAAUUACUCCCUCCUUGUGAAAAACAGUAAGUGCACUGCUAAGCAGAUUCCUGCUUUUGUGAAGUGUGUCCUGUUCUUGAAACCUCCGGGCCAUGCUUCGUUUUCUCCCUUCUUUGCACUCUUUCUCUUUUCAUUCCUCUCAGUGGGAGUAAACUGGCUUAACUUGAGGGCAUGCAAGCACUGUCAUCAAGCUAUAGUUCUCAGCCUGAACAGACAUAAUGCUGAGAGAAAGCAGGGGUUAUUCAACAUUACAAUAUUACAUAUUACAAUAAUAUUAUAGUGUUACUAUUAUUCUGUCUCAUCCAAACAAAUGAACAGAGCGCCCUCUUAUGCCUUAAGCACUUUUUAAAGUUAAUGUAUUAUUCUUGAGUAGUAAAAAAAUAUAAGUAGACAGAAGGGCUAAGUGCCUUAAGAGUUGUGCUGUGCAGCAUCUUCUCACUGUGUACAGAUGAGGCAGAGAGGAGACAGGUCUGUGCAGCAGGAGGAGCAAAAAGCUUUGAUGUAUAACCAAUGGCUUGAAUGUGGAGGAUGAAUACAGGAUGGGACACGUGGAACUUGUGCCAGAUGUGCAUGUUUUGGGUAGGCACUAACGGGGUCAGGCACUGACCUGCUGUCCAGAAGGUUUGCAUUGAGGUGUUCGGUGUCUGGGUGUUACCAAAGCAAGAACAGAAGGCAGAGCACAGUCUGUGGAUUAGCAAUGUCAUAUUAGCAAUAUCACAGGGCAUGUGGUUACAGAAUCCUAGAAAUUGCCUUGGAUUCAAGAAGUAGUGAUUGCCUACAGUUUUAAUUUGUCUUCUAGAAAUUAGCUUAAUGUAGCAGUGCUGAUCUGACUAGGUGGCUGAUUUUUGUGUGUGAAGGCUAAACGAAACAGUUUCAUUUACCCUUUCAGAAUAUUAUAGAAUAGUUGGGCUACCAGUGUUGCAGUGGACUGAUCUAAAAUCUUGAUUACAAACUUUAUUUUAAUGAAGAAUUGUUGGAGUCUUUGAAACAUGCAAUGUCAGGAGCCCUGCAAACUGGCCUUUGAGAUAAACCUGAUCUGCUUGUGCCUCUUCUUGAGGUGCUGAAUGUCUUCAGCACAGCUUUGUGCUGAUAACCCUGUUUAAAAUGCCAGACUUGAUCCCUUGACAGCACUCUGCUUGGCUCCAUGCUGGCCAUGUUGUCCUAUGGCUCCUGGCAGUCUCUAAAAUGCAAGCUGCAGACUGCUCCUUAUGUCCCAGGAAUUAAAUACCAAGUUCUACACAGGUAGGAGCAGUACCCGUCUGGGAAACAUGGAGGGAUUUAACUUUUAUCUUCAGCCUCCCCUGAGCCAGCAUGCUACAGCAGUUCAAAUGGAGUUUCCGUGCCUUGGGUGCUAUCACAUCUCUAGUUUAACCUGGUUUGACUUUUCAGUUUGUACCUAUAACCCCAACAGGCUUAGAAACACCCAAAGGAUGACAUUGUGAGGUUAUUUCCCUAAGCUUACUUAGCGAGUGGCUAUUCAGGAGUUAGCAAGAAUUACCAUGUAAAGCAUGCUUGGCAUUGUCUUCUGAAAUGCCCAUGUUCUAGUUAAAAAUACUUCUUUCUCCUAGAUCUUGUCACUAUGAAAGCUGUGAGAGUCCUUGCAAUUAACACCCUUCGAGUCCUGCAUGAGCCAGGAGGGAAGGAAGUAUCCAAUCUCCUUUGCCUGCUUUUAUACCUUUCUGGUGCUGUAGGCAAGCCUGUCAAUACUCUCCUCCGUUGACCUGGUGCCUGUUUCAGGAUACAACUGUUGCUCUUCACUAUUUAACCUGGGACUGUGGCCCAAACCACACUCAUGUGCUUUGCCACUUUUGCCACUGAGGCUUACUGGAACUGCCUGUUGGAUGAGCACCACUCAGUCACCCUAGGACUGUAUUUUGUAAUGUUGUACAGCAGCAGAUGUUUCAAAAGAUAGUAUGUGUGAGUUGUGCUGAACAAGCUUUAACAACUUUUUCUUUUGGGGAAUUUUGUUCUUGACCCAUUUAAAUUAAUUACUUGCAUUACUAUUAUCAUAAUUAAAAAUGGAAGUGCAAAUACUUGAUCUUCUAGGUGUUGUACAGAUACUGUGCACUAUCUUUUGUCAUUCUUCUUUUUUUUCCCUGAAAUAUAAGAGUUUAUAUGUCUAACUUUAAAAAAGGAUUUAAUAUAACCAGCCUUCAUCUUCCAUAUGAAUGUUUACAUUUUUUUGUUUUAAUCUAACUGAGCUCUCAAUCCCAGUAUUUUCUGGCAAUGAAAACCAUUAUAGUUUUAUUCUCCACGGCACAUAAUUUCUUUUUAUGGUUCCUGAAUUAAUUGCUCUUUGUUUUCAUUGAGUACCAUCUGUCCUUGUGUUCUCAGCCACAAGAGGAAAUAAGGGGCCUGGCUUAAUAUUCUCUGUUAUGCAUUAUUCUAGAGAUAGUUCCUUUUCUAAGACUGUGGCUUCUCUGUCUCUCUUCAAUCCAAAUUGUCUGGGUGUCUGAUAACAUGCUGACUGUUUCGUCGUGUCUUUUCUUUCUGAUGGAUCUUUAAACUCUGGUGAACAACUGAAUGCAGUUUGCCAGGGGAGACUGUAUCCCCUGCUGAUUAUUUGAGUACAAUUUUCUAUAGCAGGCAAUUUUGUAAGUGAUUUCAGUGCUGUGUCUGUAUGCUGGAGCUAGUUUUAAACUUGCUAGUGUGGUCUUGGUGGCAGCCUUACUACCAGGGGAUGAAAACCCACUGAGGUUAGUUCCUCCUGUGUCUCAGGUAGGUGCAGCAGUCCCACUGAGCUCACAGAAAUUACUGUAGGUCUGUCUGGGGAGCUCUGGGCAGGGAGCACCUGGAGAGCUGUGUAGACCUUUGCCUGUGCUGACAUACCAGGAGGGCUGAGACAGUCCACCUUCACAGCAUUUGUCCAUUGGAUAAGGCUAAUGCAUGUGCACUGGUUCCAGGAGCUGAGAGCUCAGUCAGUCUUGCUGGUGGCUGCACUGUGUCACAUGCAUGCUCUGACAGAACUUUCCAUAGCAGAGUGGCACAUCGUAGUUGUGUGAGAAAGGGAACAUCACUGUGAGUGGCUAGGAGCACUGGCAGAAGUAGAAACAUGGCCAUGGUAAGAAUCCAAGGAGCAGCCCUUAGUGUUGUUCCAAUCCCUCUUCGAGAGAAUGCCCCAGUGCUCUGAAGGCUGCCCCAGUGCUAGGGCUUUCCUGACCUGCAGUGGUACUAUCUCAAACCUGUUCACACUUUGGCCACCUGAAGCUGGAUUAAAUAUUUAUCAUUUUUUUGUGGCUCAACACUAUUCUGAUGAUGUCUAUGAAUGAUGUUCUAUGCUAUAAUUAAUCAGGCAGCUGUUUAUUAAACUGAACAGGAUGUCAAUUAUCCUUGUAAUCUCUGUAAACUUGUAGCAGAAAAUAACAGAUCAGUUUCACAAAGAUAUGAGUAGAGGCAUUGGUGAGGAACCAGGAAAGUGGGUAUUUGCUAUCUCUGGGGUAAAAGAGGUAGAUCUGCCUUUUGUCUGUCUUCCUUUCUUUCUGAAGCCUGUAUCCUGAAGUCUCUUCACCUCAAAAGAGCUGCAGUGAUUCAUCGACCACUUGAAGACAGAUUUUUUUGCAUAUAUUCAGCAAUCAGAUGGGAACUUUGGAGAGAUGAAAUUACACUGUGGUAUUUAACACUAUCUUGAUAGACUCACUGGGAGUUUCUUACAGCUAGAGAGAACAGAAUCACCUCUGGUGAUAACCAAGUUGGGACUACUCCUUGUAGAACAAGGCACUGUGACCUGGACAUCUCCUGGGCUGCAUUUUCACUUGUUUGGAAAAAUACGUAAUUUUCCACAUCAGAAACUUGUUUGUGUAGUAGCCCACUCAAGUCCUACUAAAAUCCCUCUCUACUAAGGGCUGAAUACCUCUGAAAUUAGUCCA